UUCCCCCACCCUUUACCCCCAUACUUCCCUACUUUCCUCGAAGCAAGGGGCUGAAAGAUGGCGUCGAAUAAGCCCAACAAGCUGGCUUUCUUGUCCAUGCCGGCGCCGGCGUCAUAUGUCGCCGGUCUUGGUCGAGGAGCGUCUGGCUUCACAACGCGAUCUGAUAUCGGUCCCGCACGAGAAGGACCGUCUGCCGAAGUCAUAGCGGAGGCGCAAGCGCGUCGCGGUGAAGAGCCUGACGUAGAUCCCGAACAAUUCCAGGAUCCAGACAACGAAUUUGGUCUCUUUGCUGGGACAACAUACGAAGCCGACGAUGAGGAGGCGGAUAGGAUCUACGAGAAGGUUGACGAGGCGAUGGACGCACGGCGGCGGGCACGCAGGGAGGCGCAGGAACAGGCAGAGCUUGCGAAGCAGCGCGCCGAGCGACCGAAGAUUCAGCAGCAAUUCGCGGACUUGAAGCGCGGCCUUUCUGCAGUCACUGAUUCCGAGUGGGAGAACCUGCCUGAGGUUGGCAACCUCACACGAAAGAAGAGGCGUAGGGAAGAACGGUCGUACGUCGUACCGGACAGUGUCAUUGUCGGCGACAGGACCAAGAAUCAAUACGAGAACGCACUCGACCCCAUGCAGAAUGAGACUGGAGGCUUUGACACGGCCGCCGAUCCUGGAGCCAUGACCAACUUUGUCGAGAUUGGACAAGCCCGUGACAAGAUCCUGUCAUUGAAGUUGGAUCAAAUAUCUGGCACUGCAACGACAUCCGGUUCAGCUACCUCGGUGGAUCCGAAGGGCUACCUUACUUCACUUGACAGCGUCGUCAUCAAAUCCGAUGCAGAAAUCGGCGACAUCAAGAGGGCUCGCAUGCUAUUCGACUCCCUGGUGAAGUCCAAUCCCAAGCAUGCCCCCGGGUGGAUAGCAGCGGCAUGUCUGGAGGAGCAUGCUGGACGAAUGGUGGCGGCUCGCAAGCUCAUUAAACAAGGGUGCGAGAUGUGCCCCAAGAGUGAGGAUGUCUGGCUUGAAGCCGCGCGGUUGCAUAACAACGAAGACGCCAAGGUUGUGCUCGCGAAUGCAGUACAACACGUCGGCCAGAGCGUCAAGAUUUGGUUGGCGGCUGCUGACCUGGAGCAUGAUGUGAAGGCCAAGAAGCGAGUUCUGCGCAAAGCUCUUGAACAUAUACCGAACUCGGUCCGUCUGUGGAAGGAGACCGUCAGCCUCGAGACUUCCGCGGCCGACGCUCGCAUCCUCUUGGCCCGUGCCGUCGAGGUUAUCCCCAUGUCCGUCGAGUUGUGGCUUGCGCUCGCCCGCUUGGAACCCGCAGAACGCGCGAAGGCCGUUCUCAACAAGGCUCGCAAAGCUAUACCGACGAGCCACGAAAUCUGGAUAGCCGCAGGUCGCCUCUUGGAACAAGAAGCAGCCACCAAGCCUGAACCAGAGAGGCUUGCUCAGUACGAGUUGGUGGAUAAGACGAUCAGCGCCGGUGUGAAAGCACUGCGUCAGAAUCAAGUUCUUCUCACUCGCGAGCAGUGGCUGAAGGAGGCCGAGAAGUGCGAGAGCGAGGGUGGCGUGCGGACGUGCGAGGCCAUUGUCAAGGCAACUAUUGCCAUGGACGUCGAGGAGGAGGACCAGCUCGAUACUUGGGAGGCCGACAUCGAUGGCGCCGAGGCCCGUGGACGGGUCGGCACGGCGCGCGCGAUCUUGGCCUACGCUCUCAAGGUGUAUCCGAACAUCAAAGACCUUUGGAUCCGCGCCGCAGAGCUCGAGAAAGCGCACGGUUCGCGGGAGAGCCUGGACGACAUCUUGAGCCGUGCUGUGGAGCACUGCCCGCAGACCGAGGUGCUGUGGUUGAUGGGGGCGAAGGAAAAGUGGCUUGCCGGCGACGUUCCUGCCGCGCGCGAGGUCCUCGAGCGCGCCUUCAUCGCGAACCCGGAGAGCGAGCAGAUUUGGCUGGCCGCCGUCAAGUUGGAGGCAGAGAACGGGGAGCUCGACGUUGCGAAGCAAUUGCUUAUUCGUGCGCGCGACGUCGCUGGCACGCAACGAAUCUGGAUGAAGUCGGCCGUUUUCGAAAGGCAACAGGGACAACUCGACGCUGCUUUGGAGACCGUUUCCCAAGCACUAAAGAAGUUCCCGAAGUUCGCCAAGCUGUACAUGAUUCAAGGCCAGAUUCAUGCCUCGCAAAGACGAUAUCCCGCCGCUCGUCAGGCAUACGCCGCUGGUCUCAAGGCUGUGCCAAAGGAGCCGACGUUGUGGAUCCUUGCCAGCCGAUUGGAGGAGGCGGAUAAUAAGAGCAUCAAGGCUCGCGCACUCCUCGAGAAGGCGCGCAUGGUCAACCCUGGUGUCGACACGCUCUGGGCGGAGGCUGUUGGCGUGGAAGAGCGUGCAGGUGGCGCCGGUCAAGCGAAGGCCAUGCUCGCGCGUGCGCUGCAGGAGUGCCCGAGCUCUGGUCUUCUGUGGUCGAUGGCUAUAUGGGCCGAGGCGCGCCCUCAGCGCAAAGCACGAUCGGUCGACGCGGUGAAGAAGACCAACGACGACUCACUCGUCCUCUGCGCCAUUGCACGCCUGUUUUGGAGCGAGCGCAAGGUCGAGAAGGCGCGAGAGUGGUUCGGCCGUGCGGUUGCGCGUGACGAGCACGAUUACGGUGAUAUUUGGGGCUGGUGGUUGAAGUUCGAGCGCGAGCAUGGGACCGAGGAGCACCGCGAAGCUGUCAGAGUCAAGUGCGUACAGGCCGACCCGCACCAUGGGCCCGUCUGGCAAUCCAUAUCGAAGGACGACAAGAAUAGAGGCAAGACUACGAAGGAUGUCUUGGAGCUUGUCGCGAACGCUUUGCAGUAAUCUACGGUUGUAUAUCUCGACGUCACCUCCUGUCAAUGAACUCGCUAGCAGCGCGUGCCAAGUGCGUGCGAUAGCUGCAUUGUA